GGACCUUAAUACGGUCGAAACGAAACAAACUGCAGGUAGAGUGAAAAGUAACACGAACAGUGUUAAUCGGACAGCAUAUAAUGUGCAAGCGCGGCUCGAGUGACAUCUAACAUCCACGUCUGAUGACAAACGUGAACAGGAUCAGGGUGGUCGUCCUCGGCGGCCCCAGAGUCGGAAAAUCAGCUGUUGUCGUGCGAUACUUGACGAGGCGGUACAUCGGCGAGUACAGCUCGACCAGAGAUUUCCUCUACCGGCACAGCGUUACCAUCGAUAACGUUAAUACCGAGGUCGAGAUACUGGACACUUCCAGGUGCGAGGAAAAUGGCUGUCUCUACUCUCACAUACGAUGGGGCGAGGCUUUCGUGGUCGUUUACAGCGUGACGUGCAAACGAAGUUUUCAGGAAGCCCGCGGAUUGCUGAAGCAACUGGCUGAUUUACGCCUGCCAUCCUACUUCACUGCUCUGUUGCUCGGCAACAAGAGAGAUCUGGAUCAUGCUCGAGAGGUAUGCGUGGACGAGGGCCAGCAACUGUCCCUCGCGCACGGAUGUCAGUUCUACGAGGUGAGCGCGGCGGAGAGUCCCGCAGGGGCGGCGCUAGCGUUCCAGGCGCUGCUCCGCGAGGCAAGGUCGGUGCAGCUCCUCCGAGCGCUGCCUAUCCGCCGGAAACUGGGCGUCCACUCGGUCUCGAGGGUCCUCGGCACCAUCUUCGGCAAGAACACCACGAAGGACCGGAAAAAGAGGCCCUCGCUGAGCAUAUGACGCCUCCUCUGCGCCCUCCUCCUCGGAGGUCGUGACGAACCCGACAGGAGAACCGACGUGGUCGUUCUCACCAGCAACGUCUACGCGAAUCGCUGACGGGAGACACGUCGAACGAUCGUCUGACCAACGUGGACCAGUCCCAGUGACAUUCGUCUUUCUCUUUGACCGUAAACGAACGACGAGCAGGGCCCCGGGUCCUCCGUUACUUUGAACAGUUCCUGGCGUCUUGAAGGACCUUCAAGACGGUCCCAGAGGAACGUUCAGACGUCUGGUGGACGGGUAAAGCGAACACGGACCUACACAUUCACCCGGAACCAGCUUCUCGAGGAUAAAGUGCAGGAGGUGUCCGCCAUUUCGUCGACUGUUAGGGGAUAGAGGGCGCAGGUGGUAGGCAGAGUGUGCAGAUGGCGCGCGUGUCUGCUUGGUCCAGCCGCGUUCCACUGCACGAACUUUCGGGAGUUCGAUCGGGAAACGAGAGAGUCACACAGGCUCGCGUGAGAUCCAUCGACGUUUUUUCCUUUGACGAAGACGUUCCUCGAAGACCCGUGAGAAUCGUGGAUCGAGAGGGGGCCGUGUGAAAGACUGCCGCGACCGUGGAAACGACGAAAC